GUUCAGCUCAGCGGCAGCCCAGCCUCCCACAGCUCUCUGCAGUUAGGAAGCUGGAGAUAAAUACAUUUCACAGGAGGCAAGAGACAGUCUUGCGGGACAGGCUGCCCCUGAAAUAAGGAUGCUGCACACUGACCCGACCUCCCUGUUGGCCUCCCCAUGGCAUCUUCUGCUGUUUGGAGCAGCUUCCUGGCUUUUGGCUAGAAUUCUUGCCUGGACCUACACAUUCUGUGAGACCUGCUCCCGGCUCAGAUGCUUCCCUCAGACUCCUAGGAGGAACUGGUUUUUAGGUCACCUGGGCAUGAUCCAGAGCAAUGAGGAAGGAAUGCAGAUGGUGACUGAAAUGGGCAAGACCUUCCGAGAUGUCCAACUCCUUUGGCUGGGACCUGUCAUCCCUGUGCUGAGGCUUGUUGACCCUGCAUGUGUUGCUCAGCUGCUCCAUGCCCCAGCUUUGGUGGCCCCCAAGGACAUGACUUUCUUAGGCUUCCUGAAGCCCUGGCUGGGGGAUGGGCUGUUCCUGAGUUCGGGUGACAAGUGGAGCCGCCAUCGUCGUCUGCUGACACCAGCCUUCCACUUUGACAUCCUGAAGCCCUAUGUGAAGAUUUUUAACAAGAGUGUGAACAUCAUGCAUAACAAGUGGAAGCAUCUGGCCUCAGAAGGCAGUGCACGUCUGGAAAUGUUUGAGAACAUCAGCCUCAUGACCUUGGACAGUCUGCAGAAAUGCCUCUUUGGCUUUGACAGUGACUGUCAAGACUCUCCCAGUGAAUACAUUGCUGCCAUCUUGGAGCUCAGCUCUCUCAUAGUAAAACGGUCCCAGAAGCUCUUCCUGUUUAUGGACUUCCUGUACUAUCUCACUGCUGAUGGGCGGCGCUUCCGCAAGGCCUGCGACCUGGUGCAUGACUUCACAGAUGCUGUCAUCAGAGAGAGACGCCGCACCCUCUCUAACCAAAGUGUUGAUGAGUUCCUGAAGUCCAAGGCUAAGUCCAAGACUUUGGACUUCAUUGAUGUGCUUUUGUUGGCCAAGGAUGAACAUGGAAAGGAGCUGUCAGAUGAGGACAUCCGGGCAGAGGCUGACACCUUCAUGUUUGGAGGCCAUGACACCACAGCCAGUGGGCUCUCCUGGACCCUGUACAACCUGGCGAGGCAUCCAGAAUACCAGGAGCGCUGCCGGCAGGAGGUGCGGGAGCUGCUGAGGGACCGGGAGCCUGAGGAGAUUGAAUGGGACGACCUGGCCCAGCUGCCCUUCCUCACCAUGUGCAUCAAGGAGAGUCUGCGGCUGCAUCCUCCGGUCACAGACCUUCUUCGCCGCUGCACCCAGGACAUUGUGCUACCUGACGGCAGGGUCAUCCCCAAAGGGAACAUCUGUAUCAUCAGCGUCUUUGGUAUCCAUCACAAUCCUUCAGUCUGGCCAGACCCUGAGGUCUAUGAUCCCUUCCGCUUUGAUCUAGAAAACCCUCAGAAGAGGUCACCUCUGGCUUUUAUUCCCUUCUCCGCAGGGCCCAGGAACUGCAUAGGACAGACUUUCGCCAUGACUGAGGUGAAGGUGGUGCUGGCCCUGACACUGCUGCGUUUCCGUCUCCUGCCAGACCACAAGGAGCCGCGCAGGCAGCCGGAGCUGAUCCUGCGCGCGGAGGGCGGGCUGUGGCUGCGGGUGGAGCCGCUGACUUCCGGAGCUCAGUGACCCCCAAACCUGGCCUGGGCCCUCCUCACCCAGAAUAAACCGAGCCCCAUUGUGCGCCAUCACGGGGCACCGGAGGACAACAGAACCAGCAGUGGUCUGGGAGGGUAGAGGGCGCUGCUGUUUUUGAGCCAAAGGAUCUUACUCUUUGCUGAUUAGCCGUGCAAAAUUUCCAUGCUGAUUCCAGUUUCCCAGCUCAGAUUUGGACUUCAUCCUGUAAGAGCCACUGUAGUUUUUUGAGCAGAGUAGGAGAGGGAGCAGAGUUUAGCCCGCUUAGAUUCCUAGGCACUGAGCAAAGCCUUAAUCGCACUGUUUCCGUUUUCUUCUACUUCCCCCUCCUCUUCUGUUUCAUCAUAUUUAAAACGAUAGUUCAUGGGUUUUUUUUUUUUUUUUUUGGUCUUCUUAGUGCUGCACUUACAGGAGUGGGCUGCUACGCCACACCUGGAGGAAUAUUUGUAAAUUCUGAGUAAAAUGGUUUCUCAGAAAAGGGAAAUACUGGUGCCCUUGAGAAGCCCGUUGAAUGAUAUUCCGGGCUUGUGAUGCCCAAGAUGACUAAGACAGCUUAAAAUGAACGAAAUCACACGUCCAGGAUCUCUCUUUUUACUUUUGUCCUGCCUGGGUGAUGUUCACUGACUUCACAAGAAUCUUAUAAUUUUCCUUUCUUGCAGGAUUUGGGCGUUCAUUUCUCCCCUCUCCCCCCCCAUCGUGAGACCAUUAAAACUGUCAGGUGGGCAUCGUGACACAUACCCGAAAUCCCAGUACUUGGGAGGGUGAGGCAGAGGAACAUGAGUUAGAGACUAUCUUGGAAUACAUUGAAAGUUUGAGACAAGCCUGGAUAACUUGAUAAAACUGUGUCUCCAGAAAUAAAAAUUAAACCAAUUAA